AAACAUAGGAAGGAAGAAAGGAAGGAAGAAAUAAAAAGAGUAAAAAGAGUAAAAAAAAAAAAAAAAAAAAACAUGGACCAUUCACGCUUCCACCUUUUCGCGCAGCUUCCUCCGUGACGCUCCCCCCUCCGAUGCUGCGCUCACAGAGAGUCCACAGCAGAAACACAUAACGAUGACUAUCACAGCUGGGAAGUGUUCCAAGCACAUUAAAAAGUUUUUCACCCAUGGGCUGAAGAAGAACGUCCUCCCGUACUUCCUCCACUGCAAAAAUAAACCCUUCCUCAUGAACUCCAAAUAUGUGCAGAGGUACUCUCUCGAGUUCGUCCCCAAAAGUGUUAUUAACAGAUACAUCCAAGACAAACGGAGGAUCAAAAAAGAGGGGGAGUGAACAAGCAUGGGGUUGUAGAGAAGUUCCCGGGAGGGCGAAAGCGCUGUCCCCCGGUUGAUUCGCCGCUUAACUUCGCCUCUUCACUUCGCCGCUUCUCUUCGCCGCUUUGCUUCCCCCCUCACGAGGCCCACUCCCGCCGCAUCACCCUCCUUAUCAAGUACUCCCGGAUGAAGAAGUCCAUGCCCAAAGACUCCAUCGCCUCGAUUUCAAAUUUCCGACUGAGCUUUUCCAUUUGGGUGAUCUCCCUUCUCACCUUCGCACUGCACUUGAGGCUGUCACCACUUAGCAUGUUGCGCAAGACGUUCUUGUCCCGCUGGGAUAACGCCAGGAGGGCCUCCUUCGGGAUGAGGCUCAUGUCUUGCGAGUUCAUGCCGACCCAUCUCAUAUCUGCGCAAGGGAAGAUGGCGUCUUCAUUAGUUUUGCAGCCCUCCUUGUAGCUCAAGUAUAUUCGGAAGCCGUAGGGGUCGUAGUCGCCCACGUAGACGCACUGCAGGGGAGGGGCGGCGAAAAAGGGAAGCUCAAAUGGGUGCGGAAGUGGAAGAAGGGGAGGCGAAAAUGGGGAGUCAAAGAGGAAGAGUGCUGUGAAGCUACCUCAAAAGCUGCCGGUGAAGUGCCCCAGGAUGACCGGUUGACUGGCCAGGCGAAUCUCCACCACACAUGAAGGCAUCCCCGCGACGCACCCCCUCGCCUUACCUCCAGCUGGAACAACUCAACAAGCUCGCAAAUAAUUUUCCGAGUGGAAAAGUCUGGCACUCCCUUCCCGGUUAUUAAAAUGCAGGGCAAAAU